AUGGCUGACGCUCCCCCACCAACUCCAUCCGAACUUCUGAGGAUGGUGACUGAAUUACAACAAGCAAAUCAGCGAAUGGCAGAGGAAAACCAGAGAAUGCAAAACCAAAUUGCACAAUUAGAGCAAGCCCGCCUAGAGCAUCAUAAUCACGAUCAUGAAAACAACGAACGAACUCAUGUCUCGGAGACGCCGCAGAGCGACAAUGAAGGAAAUCGGCGCCAUGAUGAAACCCAACCCGAUAACGAAGAAGAACAACCCGACAACUCGGCAGGACCAUUCACAGCAGAUAUAAUGAACUUCCAACUCCCCCGACAAUUCACUCUGCCGACGACUUUAACCCCAUACGACGGGUUGGGUGACCCAAAGCAGCACGUCAAGAAGUUCCGAUCUAUUAUGAUCGUUAACGGUGCAUCUGAUCCAAUUCUUUGUCGAUGUUUUCCAUCUUUUUUAGACGGUCCUGCACUUGACUGGUUCUGUUCUUUGCCUGCAGAUUCGAUAUCUCGCUUUCAAGAGCUGGCCGCCCAAUUUGAGGAUCAUUUCGCAGCAUCCGCAAUAUAUCUCCACGAUUCUGAUUACUUGACGACCAUAAAACAGGGAGCACAAGAAAGUCUGAAGGACUAUAUCACCCGCUUUACAAAGGUCGCCAUGAGAAUUCCCGACCUCCAUCCAGAAGUUCAUUUACACGCCAUAAAAAGCGGCCUUCGCCCAGGAAAAUUCCAGGAAACUAUUGCGGUGACCAAGCCAAAAACCUUAGCCGAAUUUCGUGAAAAGGCCAAGGGUCAGAUCGAUGUGGAAGAACUCAGACAAGCAAGGAAAACAGAAAGAUCGGCAACAAAUAAGGACGAUGAUAAACCUCGGGAUAGCAAGAAAGCAUUUAAGCCAGUUCCACGAUAUGACUCAUACACCAAAUUCAAUACAAAAAGGGACGAUAUUAUAAAGGAGAUAUUAAACUCCAAACUAAUCAAGCCCCCUCGCAAAGCUGGCAAUUAUCCCGAGUCAAAAAGCAUCGACAGAUCAAAGUACUGUACCUUUCACCAGAAACACGGACACACCACCGACGAAUGUGUCAUCGCCAAAGAUCUCCUUGAACGGCUAGCAAGGCAAGGACAUCUCGAUAAAUUUAUUGCAGGGCAGAUGCAGAAAAAUACUAGCCCCACGCCAGACACAUCAACAGCUGACACCUCCUCAAAAGGAAAGGAGAAAGCACCGGCACAACCAAGAGGGGUAAUAAACUGUAUCUCAGGAGGCUACGCUGGAGGAGGGCACACAAGCUCAGCCAGAAAGCGUACUUACAGGGCUAUGCUAGCAAUCACGGAUGCCCCAAGCCAUCCUCGGCCGCUGACGAACAUUUCAGAAGUAACCUUCAGACCAACCGACUUCAAAGGUGCCGAUGCCAAUCUAGACGACCCUGUUGUCAUUUCAAUUCAGCUGGGAGACCUGAUAGUGAAGAAAGUUUCACUCGACCCAGGAAGCAGUGCAGAUGUUCUAUUUUUCUCCACCUUUGAAAAAAUGAAGCUGAGUAACAACAUUCUCCAGCCAUACAUGGGAGACCUGGUUGGAUUUUCAGGAGAACGAGUUCCUGUACUCGGAUCCGUGUGGUUACAAACCACACUCGGUGAGCAACCAUUACACAAUACACAGGAUAUUCAAUAUCUUGUGGUCGACUGUUUUAGCCCAUACAACGUUAUAUUAGGCAGACCAUUUUUAAACAAAUUCGCUGCAAUUGUUUCCACUGUUCACCUCUGUGUCAAGUUCCCUGUGCAGGACAAUGUCAUAGCUACAGUUCACGGAGAUCUCCAGGAAGCGAGACAAUGCUACAACACAAGCCUAAAGCCACCCAAAAAAGUCGGACAGUCACAUGUCAACUCUAUAAAGUCGGAACAGAUAACAAUAUCCGAACUUGACCCACGGGCCGACUUUCAGGAUCGGCCUACGCCGAACGAGGAGUUGACAAAAAUCAUUUUAAAAGACGAUCCACUAAAAUUUACUUUUGUAGGUACUUCCAUGACUCCAGAAGAUACGAAAAGUCUAACAAACUUUCUGCAGGAGAAUGCCGACCUAUUCGCAUGGACCUCCGCUGACAUGCCAGGAAUAGACCCUUCUAUCAUAACACAUAAAUUGGCACUAAAUCCAGCAGCUAGGCCGAUCUCCCAGAAAAAAAGAAACCUCGGCACCGAGAAGCGACAAGCAUCAAUUGCCGAGGUACAAAAGCUCAUUCAAGCAAACUUCAUCAGAGAAAUCCGAUUUACAACAUGGCUCGCUAAUGUAGUAAUGGUAAGAAAAAAUAAUGGUAAGUGGCGCAUGUGCGUCGAUUUUACUGAUUUAAAUAAAGCAUGCCCAAAAGAUGCUUACCCUCUACCUUGUAUUGAUACACUGGUUGACAACUCUUGUGGCUAUGGUACUUUAAGCUUUAUGGACGCAUACUCUGGCUAUAACCAGAUUCUUAUGCACAAAAUGGACCAGGAAAAAAUGGCUUUCAUAACUGAAAACGGAAAUUAUUGCUAUAAUGUCAUGCCUUUUGGUCUAAAGAAUGCAGGAGCCACAUAUCAGCGGCUAAUGAACAAGAUUUUCCAGCAGCAAAUCGGCCGAAAUAUAGAAGUUUAUGUUGAUGAUAUGGUCGCCAAAACAAAGCUCGGCAACUCUCUGACAAACCCCAAUUUGACGAUCCGGCGAUACAACAUGAGGCUAAAUCCAGAAAAAUGCGCCUUUGGAGUGCAGGGAGGAAAAUUUCUCGGAUUCAUCCUCACAAGCCGAGGAAUUGAAGCAAAUCCAGAAAAAUAUCAAGCAAUACUCACCAUGCAAAGCCCAUCCACAGUAAAAGAGGUUCAACGGCUAACAGGACGAUUAGCCGCUUUAUCUAGAUUUUUACCAUGCUUAGCUCCUAAAUCGUCAAACUUCUUUCAAUGUUUAAAAAAGAAUGCAAAGCAUUUUGAAUGGAGCCAGGACUGUGAGCUGGCUUUCCAAAAAUUAAAAGAGUUUCUUUCAAAACCCCCUGUAUUACAAAAGCCAAAACCAGGUGAACCAUUAUACAUAUACUUAUCUAUCACUGACAAUGCUAUCAGUUCUGCACUCGUAACAGAAACAGAUCGGAACCAACAGCCAGUCUAUUUUGUGAGCAAGUCCUUACAAAACGCCGAGCUUCGCUACCCAAGGUUGGAAAAGCUCGCCUUAGCUCUAGUGUUCUCAUCAAGACGCCUCCGACCAUAUUUCCAAAGUCACACAAUCAUCGUCAGAACAGGACAACCUCUGCGACAAGUUCUUUCAAAACCUGAAUUAGCAGGAAGACUAAUUAAGUGGGCUAUCGAGUUGUCGGAAUUUGACAUUCAAUAUCAGCCGCGAGGGUCGGUCAAGUCCCAAUACCUCGUAGACUUUAUCGCCGAACUUACAGAACCAUGCUCAGACACAUCAAGUCCAACCUGGACCUUAUUUGUAGACGGGGCUUCCAAUCCUCAAGGCGCGGGCGCUGGAAUACUACUCGAAAGUUCAGAUGGGAUAGUCCUCGAGCACUCCCUCAGAUUCUCAUUCAAGGCCAGCAACAACCAGUCCGAAUAUGAGGCCCUCAUCGCAGGGCUCAGGUUAGCAACCGAUCUACAUAUUAAAAGUUUAAGAGUUUACUGUGAUUCAUUAUUGAUUGUCCAGCAAGUAAACCACAGUUUUCAAACAAAAGACCCGAUCUUAUUAAAAUACUUGGAUAUUGUUCAUCAACUGUUACAAAAUUUUUCAACAAUAGACAUCAUUCAUAUUCCUAGGGAACAAAACCAUAGAGCAGAUAUUCUGUCAAAAUUAGCAACUACACAGACAAACACCACUACCCUUCUACAGUCAACAUUAGAUAAGCCGAGCAUUGAUACACAUAGCAUUCUAAACAUUGUUGACAAAGAAAAUUGGCUACAACCUUAUAUUCAAUACCUCAGUUCGGGAACAAUUCCGAGCUACAUUGACAAUAAAGCUAAAUUCAGAAGACAAGCCUCCUAUUAUACACUGUUAAAUGAUAACCUGUACAGGCGAGGAUACUCUCGACCUCUACUAAAAUGUUUGAACAGGGCAGAUGCCGAACUUGUAUUAUCAGAAGCACACGAGGGAAUUUGUGGAAUACACUCUGGAGCUCGAAGCCUAUCACAAAAAAUCCUCCGAGCCGGUUUCUACUGGCCGACGAUAUGGGAAGAUAGCAAACACAAGGUCAGAACAUGUGAUAAUUGUCAGCGGCAUUCGCAGACCAUUCAUCUACCGGCAGAGCAUCUUCACCAUUCGACGGUAAGCUGGCCAUUCGAAAAAUGGGGAAUCGAUAUUCUAGGACCUUUCCCCACUGCUCCAAGACAGGUAAAAUACUUGGUAGUGGCAAUUGAUUACUUUUCCAAGUGGAUUGAAGCACAACCUUUGGCAAAAAUCACAUCCGCACAAAUGAUAAGCUUCGUUUGGAAAAACAUAAUAUGCAGAUUUGGCAUACCGAGUAAUAUUAUAACUGACAAUGGCCGUCAAUUUAUCGACCAAACUUUUAAAGCUUUUUUGCAGAAUCUUAAAAUAAAACAGCAUUUUUCUUCAGUCGAACAUCCACAGUCAAACGGAUUAGCAGAAGCCGCCAAUAAGGUUAUUCUCCAGGCUUUGAGGAAAAAGCUAGACGACGCAAAAGGAUUAUGGGCCGAGCUUGUGCCAGAAGUGUUAUGGGCAUAUAAUACUACUGCUCAUUCAACAACAAAAGAAAGCCCAUUCCGUUUGGUAUACGGAUCUGAAGCUAUGAUCCCUAUAGAAGUCUCACAUGGCUCAAUGCGGACGAUAGCUAAGGAGCAUGACCAAGCUCGGCAAGCAGAACUCGAUCUAAUUGAGGAGAUACGAGAAACAGCAGCCAUCCGACACCGAGCAUUACAGCAACAACUCAGCCGACGAUACGGGCAGAAGGUGAAGCCGAGGACCUUCAACACUGGUGACUUGGUACUCAGAAAAACCGAACAAGCCCGCCGACCUCCCUCUCAUGGGAAACUUGCUGCAACAUGGGAUGGUCCCUACAAAAUAUCUGAAGUCCUCGGCAGAGGGGCGUACAAGUUGGAAGACAUUAACGGCACUCAACUUCCUAGCACAUGGAACGUCGGCUCCCUGAAGCGAUACUACAGUUAG